AUGCCUUCGCAUUACCAUAGUCGUGGAUAUCGCCAUAGCACGAAGAGAAGCCAUCACUCGUCACGCCGAUCAAGCCAUCAUUGCUCGUCACACCGAUCGAGCCAUCAGUCGUCACGCCGAAGGAGCCAUCAGUCGUCAUCACGCCCGAAAUGCAGUCGCUCGGCUCGUGCAAAAAGCCGGAGAAGUGAGGGAAGAAAGUUCCAACGAAAGGUCAAAGAAGUCCAUUUCAUGUGCGUUAAUGCAGACGAGAAGGGGAAGGCUCUUGCAACAAUCGCUUGUAAGCGUGUGGUUUUUUCGCCGACGCUCAAGAAAGCAGCUAAACCAAGUAGUUCUCUGAAAAAGGUAUCAGCUCGAAAAUCCUCGCAACGUGAAACUAAAGAGGCGAAGGAUGCCACGAAAACGGAGGAGAGCCCCGUAGAGUUGCCCGAAACACUUGCAAACCUCACUUCCAGCAAAGAGGUUAAGAAAGAAACUGUGGAGCCUACGGCAAAAAGACUGAAACGAGAUAGUCGUGGACGGUUACGUGAUGCACGUGGACGAUUCGUACGUGAGGUGAAGCCCUAA